AAUUUACGCCUACACUAAUCUUUAUCUCUCUCUCUCUCUCUCUCUCUCUCUCUCUCUCUCUCUCUCUUCCAUUUUGAUGAUAAGACAUCUAAAACCUAACAUGGAGUCUAGUCCCCAUCGCUCUCAUCAUUGUUUCGACAUCCUUGAAGGAAUGCCACCACAGAACGAUAAUUUCAACUCGACAUUUCUACAAAACCCUAACUUCCAUGUCCAUUUACAGUCCAUAUCACCAGACUUGUCGACCCGCAGCAACAACAACCGCUCUGAUCACUUAGACCCAAAUGGAGAACCCUUUUGCCACAGAGAGGGUCUUGAUCCAGACGAAAGAAGGGCAAGAAGAGUGGUCUCUAACCGAGAAUCUGCAAGAAGGUCUCGUAUGCGGAAGAAGAAGCAGAUAGAAGAGCUGCAGCAACAAGUGGAGCAGCUCAUGGUUUUGAAUCAUAACUUGUCUGAGAAAGUCAUUAAUUUGUUGGAAAGUAACCACCAGAUCAUACAAGAGAACUCACACCUGAAGGAGAAAGUCAGUUCCUUUCACUUGCUCAUGGCAGAAAUGCUAAUACCUAUGAGAAAUGUAGACGGCAGCAUCAAUGAGCGCGACGUGAAUCAUCUCAGAGGAGAAACUUCGAACCGGACCAACACUUUCUUUGGCAGGUAAAGAAAAAAGUAUCAUGCUCCCAUCUUCUAGUUCUUAAUGUGCUAUAUUAUAUAUACAUGUAAUGUUACUACACUAGCAAUUACGUAUAUAAAAGAUACAAACAAUGCAAAUCUACUAGUUUCACAUUUAGUUUCAUCGAAAUUGCGUAUCACAUUCUUGGUCUACAAAGCAAAUCAAACUUUUAAGCAAAAGGUUGAAUCAAACAUUGUUAACAACAAAAACCAAAAAGAAGAAGGUAACUAUAUGGUCCUUCCCUACAUCAACAACUCUUCUUCUUUGUACCGACACCUCCAUUGGAGAUUCUACCAUGGGGGUUGUUAUCUCUCCAGUAUAGCUGAAACUACACUCUUCUUCUAUUAGAAAGAAGCCCAAAGGAAAGUUAUCAAACCAAUGGCUAAUAGGGUUUCAUUCGAUAAGAUUAAUAAAAAAUAAAUAUGAUUGGUAUGUGAAUAAAUGAUGUAUUUUUGAGGGUUGCCAUAAAGCAACUCUCAUUCUUCAUUUUAUACAUAUAUGUCAAUUGUUACAUUUUCAGGUCUUGGUGACAAUUCAAGUCUUGUAUUUCCUUUAUUUUUAGUUGCUUAUGAAUAAAGCUCUCAUGAGUUAUUUCAA